AUGGUGGCUGAACCUUGGUUACUGAGGAUGGGGAAUCAAAUGAGUUCGAAUCUCAAACACGCUCUUCUCUUGGAAUCGUCUUCAAAACCAUCAGCCAAGAACAAGCAAGACACCCGCAACAAAACUCCGGAAACAAUCGGAAUCCUAUCGUUUGAGGUGGCGAAUGUGAUGUCGAAAAUCGUUCACCUCCAUAAAUCCCUAACGAAUUCCGAGAUCUCUAAAUUAAAAAACGAGAUUCUCAAAUCUGACGGCGUCAAAACCCUAGUUUCCUCCGACGAAACCUACCUUCUAGACCUCGCGCUUUCAGAAAAGCUAGACGAUUUGUGUUUCAUCGCCGGCGUCGUUUCCAGGCUGGGCAAGAAGUGUACAGUCCCGCAGCUCCAAGGGUUUCAGCAUGUUUACGAAGAUAUAAUCAAUGGAGCCAUUGAUGUGGGAGGAUUAGGGUUCCUAGUCAAAGACAUGGACGCAAUGGUGCGAAAAAUGGAGCGAUUCGUGAACUCUACAGCUAGCCUCUACACCGAAAUAGAAGUUUUGAACGAAUUAGAAGCUGCAACGAGCAAAUUCCAGCAGAAUCAGCAUGAAGAAAGCCGAAAAGUUUUACAACAGAAAGUGAUUUGGCAGAAGCAAGAUGUAAAACACCUGCAGAAUGUUUCUCUUUGGAAUCAAACUUACGAUAAAAUCGUCGAGAUGCUAGCAAGAACAGUAUGUACCCUCUAUGCCCGAAUUUCUUUAGUUUUCAUCGAUACAAUUUCACGAAGAGACAUGUUCUCCAAUCCUUCUCUCCCCAUUUCUUCUUCAAAUCUACACUCCUGUAGAAGUCUACCUCAAAAUUCAUCCCAGAUCGAUUCCCGUAGUACAAAAUCUGGUGGCAGUUUUAGUAAUUCAGGAUUUGAGAAAAGGGUAAUUAGUCCCAGGCCUCAGAUCAUCUCAAAAAAGGGGGAAAUCUCUCUGUUUAAAGCCGAAGAUUUCAAUUUCGCUUGUGGGUUAGGACCUGGAAGAUUGUUCAUGGAAUGUUUAAACAUAAACAGUUCGAUUUCAAAAUUCGAUGAUUUCGAUGACGAUUCUUUCCAAAAACAUGAUGAUCAAAGCAGUCGGAUUUCAAGAGAGAUCACAAAUCAUUCUUCUUUUCAUAGCCGAAUCCCAAGAAUCCCAAAAACCAGCUUUAAAUCGACCCCAAAAAGCAGCGCAACAAAAACCAGACUAACAGUACAAGCUCCUCCAACCACCAUUGGAGGAUCUGCAUUAGCAUUACAUUACGCCAACAUCAUAAUCGUGAUUGAGAAAUUACUACAAUACCCUCAUCUAGUGGGUGAAGAAGCUAGAGAUGAUUUAUACCAAAUGCUCCCAACAAGCAUACGAUUGGGGUUAAAGAUUAGUCUGAAAUCGUAUAUCAAAGAUUUAGCAAUCUAUGAUGCUCCUCUUGCUCAUGAUUGGAAAGAUCGACUUGAUCAGAUUCUUGUUUGGCUUUCGCCUUUGGCGCAUAACAUGAUUAGGUGGCAGAAUGAGAGAAAUUUUGAACAACAACAAAUCGUUUCAAGAACAAAUGUGCUUCUUCUUCAAACUUUGUAUUUUGCUGAUAGAACGAAAACUGAAAGAGCCAUUUUUUUGACUUCAAUGAAUGUAUGGAAUGGCAAUCUCAAUGUUCAUGAUGGUCCCUUUGCAUAAAGCAAGUCACCACCACCAUCACAAUCUACCAUGUUGCCGCAACAAGAAGCAACCCCUACCACCUGUCGUCACAACCUCCACCAUCAAAACGCACCCACUGCCCUUUGAAAAUCAAAAGCUACAACAAAGAUGGUGGCGACAGCUAGGGUUUACGACAAACUCAAGAGAACAUACAACGUUAUCACCAUAAACAUCAUCUGAAAAUCAAAACAAACAAAAAGGCGACAACAACUAUGGUUGUGGUGGUAGGGCCUAUGGUAAAAUCGAAGGGAGCGAUAAGGGGGUUUUGGUUUUCAAGAGGAGGGAGGAGGGUGACGUGGGCAGCUCUAGUGGUCGAAAGACAAUGAUGAUUAGUGGGGUUUGAUGGAAAGGCGGUCCAACGAAAAUGAUGACGAUUUUAUAUUUCCCGACGAACGAAGGAGGGUGACGUAGGUAACUCUGGUGGUUUGAAGAUCGUGGUGGUUGGUGGAGUUUGAUGACGGAGGGAAGGUGGUUCCAACGGUGUGUGCAAAUCCGAAAAUAGUGCCAAUUUUUGGUUUACAACGGACGGAAGAGGGUGACAUUGGUAGUCUUAGAAAGUCACCGUCGUGUUAUUUAAAUUUAGGGGUAUUCAUUUAUGACACGACACGGCAAAAAUACAUAACAUGAAAAGAAAUUGGGACGCAAUCAAAAUUCGAAUUCAUGUCCAUGUUGUGUUCGUGUCGAGUUUAAAAAACACGAUGUCGUGUCGUGUUUACAAAUCGACAUGAAAUCAACACGAAAUCAAC